GCGAGCAGCUGAUCUGCGGCCACAAAGCAGAGAGAUGAUGCGUAUAUCAGUAUUUCUGGGCUUGUGAGCUUUUACUCGUGACCAUUGAACUUGAAACUCGCUAUAAUGCAACAACAAAGUAUCUCUCGACUGAGUGGGUGACUGAAAAUCGAAAUGCCCAGGACAGUGGCUUUAUAUAACGGUGAUAACAAUGCAAUAGGUAUAGAGGACUGUGUGGUGGCAGUCGGGAGGAUUGACGGGGUGACAGCGGUGAGGGGAGGAGGACGUCCUCGUGAUAAAGUGGUGACAUCUUCUAUGACGACCUCAGAGGCCAACGACAAUAAGCUGGCCAUGGCGGUAGAAUUUGACCACAUGUACACUGGAUGCUCGGACUCAAAGGCUUCCAUUGGAAAAGAUAUCGAAGUUCAACACCUCAAAGAUCUCCUCUUGCUGCACUUAGAUUUAAUACAGCAGCAAUCUGAACAAUUAGUGGCCAAGGACAAACAGAUUAAGACUCUCAGGGACGAAAAUGAAAACUUGCGGGCCAAAUUGGAGCGUAUGGACAGGAGGGUCUGCCUCAGUUUACAUAAAAGGCCAAGUGAAGCUUCCACCAACACAGAGAAUGUGGUUGAAAAAAUACCCGAGGUGACAUCAGUGAAGCAGACCAAGUCAGAGUUCCCGUCUGAUAAGCCUGACAGUACUGAGGCCCCUCUCAAUAAAACUCCGCCUUCAUCUAUCACCAGUAAAACCGGGUCUCCCACAAUUAAAACAUUAUCUCUAAGUAAUAAACCAGGUUCUCCACCAUCCAGUAGAACAGGAUUUCCUGGUAAUAAAACAGGCUUGCUCUGCAACAAACCCGUAUCACCGAGCAAUAAAGUAGUGUCUCCCAUAACAACAAAGAACGCUUCCCCUCCGUGCACUAAAGUUGGAUCCCCGCCUAGUAAGCUUGGAUCACCCUCUAGUAAAACCGGAACACAUUCUACUAAAAUAUGUUUCCCUGUGAGUAAAGCUGGGCCUCCUGGAACUAAGGCUACAUCACCUUGUAGAAUUACUGAGUCUAAUGGUAGUAAAGCAGAUUCCGCCUCUGAAAAGGCUGGGUCACCUGGUAAACCAGGCUCCCCCUCGAAUAAAUUGGUCUCCAGCAAACCUGUAUCUCCUUGUAGCAAACCAUUGUCCCCUUCAAGUAAAACCGUGCCCCUUCCUAGUAAAGCAACCUCUCCGUCAAAUAAAGUAGCCUCCCCUCCUAGUAAGCCAGGGUCCCCUUCUAGUAAAAUAGGAGCCCCUCCUUCAAACAAAACAGUAUCCCAGCCAAGCAAAGCAACUUCCCCACCAAGCAAAGCAGUUUCCCCACCUAGUAAAGCAGUUUCUCCACCUAGUAAAGCACCUUCCCCACCAAGUAAAGCAAUUUCCCCCCCAAGUAAAGCAGUUUCCCCACCAAGUAAAGCAGUUUCCCCGUCGAGUAAAACAACUUCUCCACCAAAUAAAGCAACUUCCCCACCAAGUAAAGCAACUUCCCCACCAAGUAAAGCAACUUCCCCACCAAGUAAAGCAACUUCCCCACUGAGCAAAGCAACUUCCCCACCUAGCAAAGCAACUUCCCCACCUAGCAAAGCAAUUUCCCCACCUAGCAAAGCAACUUCUCCCCCUAGUAAAGCAACUUUUCCGCCUAGCAAAGCAAUCUCACCUACUAAAGCAACUUCACCACCUAGUAAAGUAAUAAUUUCACCACCUAGCAAAGUAAUAACUUCCCCACUCAGUAAAGUAAUUUCCCUGCCUAGUAAAGCAGCUUCACCACCUAGUAAAGUAACUUCCCCACCUAGUAAACCAAUUUCCCCACCACUUAAAACAAGUUCUCCCCCUCAUAAGGGCGGGUUAUCCCCUAAAUCAACAAGAAUUGAACUAACAAGGAGACCCUCACCAAAGGCCAUCACACCAAAGACUUCUCCCAGAGAGAGAUGUACAAGAAGAGAAACAACUGAAAGUCUUUUAAGUGAAAAUGAAAGUGACAUUGAAUCAGUAUUAGAUCCGUCUAGGAAGGAAACAUCCAAGAUCGCUGAGAGAAGAGACAGCAGACAGGCCGUGAAGCGUAGAUCAGAAAGUGAAAAUGAAUUGCCAACUAAGAAAAUAAAGUCUGAUGAUUUGAAUGAUUCCAGUGGAGCGACGGAUCAUAAUCUGAGGUCACGGGACAAAUCAAAUCAGAAAAUAAAAGAUACAAUCAAGCAGAGUUCACCUGUUCCAGCAGUUGAGCGACCUGCCACGCCAACCUCACGAGCAGCUGCUUUAGAAGCCAAAAAAUUACGCCAAAAGCUUCUCCUAAAAGACCGUCCAUGCAGAGGGCACCCGUGGGGUCAGAAGCGAGGCCAACCUCCAGCAGGGAGACCUGUGAGGGGUGAAGGAAUCCUCAAUACCAGUGUGUCUUAUUACCUGCCCUAUGGGAUAUUAGUGCAGGACCCAAACCCUGAAGAGGAAUGCUUACAGGCACAAGUAGAAAUUCCACGAUGGGGUACGCGCAUCUUAACUAGUCUCUAUGUGAUGGAAGGGACGGAGAACCUAGAAGAUGAAGUUUUCCUCAAGAGACACGCCAAGCCCGAGCAAGACGAAAAGAGACGCAAGAGGUGGGAUCUCCAGAGAAUGCGAGAACAGCGGCAUUACGAGCGUCUACGAGAACGGUAUGAAGGCCGGCAAAAUCCAAGUGAACCGGAAGUGUCUGGAUACCGUACGUUGUGGCCCAAUCCCGAAUCGGCCGUAUACUUACACGUGGACGACUGUCUCCCUGUAUGUGCCUUUGGUCAACCCAUGGCCAGGAUACCUCCUCAGGAGUUUCUUUUGCCGUGGUUAUCAGGCCGCUGCCAGGAUGGCGUAUCAACACGGCGUAGAAAGCGACCGUAGAACUACUUACCAAGAUGGAAAAAAAACACACAAGAUAUUGCCAGUUUGUUUAGUUAAUGUGGUGUUUUUAUUAUGCAUAUUUCUUGCUACCGUCAUACUUUAAAAAACAAGGCUUUACUUUUUUUACACGUUUACUUUCUCGAGGAUGUUUUUAUCAUCAAUUGUGGGACAGUAGUAAGUUAACUUGCAAAAUAAACAUCACAAGAAUUUUUUGUUUUGUUUUGCUUAAGAUUUGUAUAACUAGGUCAUCACGUGGCUUUGUACAAAUUAUCGUUUAAGUGACUCAUAUUGUGUCUAACUUGUGAAUAUUAAGCCAGGUGAGGUAAGCAAUCAAUUACUAUGUGCUAGAUUUAAUUAUCAGUUAUUGUAAUUGUCAGUCAGUUCUGUCCUUAUAAUGUUGGAAUACUAUUUGACCAAUCCAAACUGGUGCAGCUUUCAACCAAAUAUGGUUCCUGUGUUAUUUGUAGUAGAUCGGCCACUUCCAACCAAGUGUGAUAGUUCAAUGAUUCUGUUCAAUUUUGGUUAUUCAUAUGGAGAACAAAUUAUCUCAGUGGUAGUUCAAUGAUUCUGUUCAAUUUUGGUUAUUCGUAUAGAGAACAAAUUAUAUCAGUGGGUGUAAUGCUUAGUCUGAGCUGUGCUAGUCAUCUUUUAGACAAAUUCAACAUAGUUUUGUUCAUCAGACUUUGUCAUCAUCCACCACAUCUAUGUAAAGUGUUAAAUGAGGUUUAAUUCUUCAGGUACAAUACAUGUUGCCAAGGCUUGUUUUGAGAAUUCAACAAAAUCUUUCUAGAAAUGUUCCAGAUGAUAGAUAAUUGAAGAUUUUUCUUUAUGCUUAUGUUCAAAUACUCUCAAGUUAUAUUACCUCACCUCUGGCCGGCCCCAUUAUUAGGGGUUGUUCUUCACAGGGUCUGCAUAAGCAAUUGAUACUUAAUUUCCAUUUAAAAGUAAAGAUUUUUGUUAAACUUGGUCUUUUGCAACAUGUUUUGUGAAUGUUCAUGUCAUUGCAUUAUACUUUGGAUAUGUAUAUAUCUGUAUUAACAAUAGAAUUCUUUAGAACAAGCAGUAUAAUAUCAGAAUUAUUUUGCACACCAACCUGAACUGAAAUAAUGUAUAGAGAAAAAUCACAAAGUCAUAAAACCUUAUUUCAAAGAUGGCUUAAUGCAUAUUUUCCUUUAGGCUAUUUCUCAUGUCCUAUUUUUCCACAAGCUUCACUGGAGAGUACAACAGUUGUUGAAAGGAAUUUUAAAGACUAAAUUUCUUGUUAAACUAGGGUAGGAAAUAAACAGUAUUGCAUCAAA